UUUUCAAAUUAAUAGUGCGCGACACAAAGCGCUCGUCCGCGCGACAUGAGUACUGCGUUGACUGACUGAGUGUCGGAAAUGCGUAAUUGGAUUCCAGGGAUGGAUAUUUUGCUCUGAAGGAAUUGUGAUUUUAAAAAGAAAAGAAGUUUAUCAGAGCUGCUGAAUGAACAAAAAACAAAAACAAAAAAGUCACUUUGCAAGAAGCCAAAUAAGUCAGAUUGGAGAGGAUGUCUGGGACAGAUAAAACCCUAAACACAGAGAAGAGCUUCAGAGUUGUCAUCCGUCUGUGUCCCCCAAACAGACCAGAACAUUUUAUCCCUGUAGAUGAACCCAGAGCCUCCAUCAAAGUUACAGAUCUCAACAGAUUAGUUGUUGACACUGGAAAGAGUCACAAGCGUCAAAUGGGGUUUGAUGCCAUUUUAAACGAGGAGGCGUCACAGAGAGACGUUUACGAUUCAACAGCAAAGUCUCUGGUUGAGGAUCUAAUGGAGGGUUAUAACGGCUGUGUAAUUGUCUAUGGCUCUCCGGGCAGCGGUAAGACUCACACCAUGCAGGGCUCCAGCAUCUCAGCCAAACACAUGGGCAUCAUUAGCCACGCUGCUGAGGACAUCUUUACCUCUCCCAAGGCAUCUCAUUGCAAAUUCAGAGUGUCAUUCUACCACAUCUUCAAUGAAAAGAUUUAUGACCUUUUGGAUCCAAAGGGGAGUGAGGUUAUCUGGGUGCGUGACUGUGAGGAGGUGGUGCAUCUUGAUGGGCUGACUGAGGUGGAGGUUUGCUCUGCCCAGGAUCUGCUGCAGAUGCACCGCUGUGGCUCCGCCCUCAGGCACACAGGAAUCUCAAAGGGAGAUUAUUCAAGCAGAUCCCACACUGUAUUCAUCAUUGUGGUCAUUAACACAAUGGUCCAGUCCCCUGAGGGAGUUUUGACAGCCAGCAAACUCACUCUGGUGGAUCUGGCAAGCUCAGGAAAAUGUCGUAUUUCUGCCGCUCCUGAUAUGAAGAGAACUUUCAACGCAGCAAAUGAAAAUCUGCAAGAGGCUAAAAUGCUGAAACGCUCCCUCACCAUAUUCGGAAAUGUGAUUUUUGCCCUUAGCACAGCGGGCUCCCAACAUGUCCCAUACAGAGAGUCCAAACUAACCAGAGCUUUGAGAGACUGCUUGGGAGGGAACUGCCAGACGUGUUUGGUGGUGACAGUGUCGCCUUGGUCAUCUUCAAUAUCUGAAACUCUUAGCUCUCUGCAGUUUGCCUCAAAAGCCAUGGCUGUUCCUCUGCGACCCAUAAACACAUCUCAGUUACAUUACACACCUGAACAGUUGUGUUCAUCUUAUCUGAAUGGAAGAAAGGACUCAAUCAAUCAUCUGAACAGACAGCAGAUAUUACCACCAGUCGCAUCUGACAGAAGGACACAGACAUGCUUGCUCCCCAUCCUCUUGAGCUCAGGCAGUCCCCUUGAACCAAAACCCAGCUCAAGCCACUGUGCAGACGAACUGGAGCAUAGAAAUUUUCUCCCUCAGUUAGAGAAACCAGGCCAAACUGAACCAGUUGGACGUUACAGCUGUGGAUCUCGACCCGGGGAUGAAAGAAACAGAGUUGAUGGUGGGAUGACUCGCUCAGUGUCUCGCUCUCUCUCUGGGGUUGGAGGGAGAGAAAGAACUGGAAAGGGACUGGAGAUUUCAUCUGCACACUGUCGUUCUGUAGAGAGGCUCUCCACAUCCUCUUUUGAACCUUCCUCGGCUUCUUCAGCAGCUGUGGAGUGCCCCAACUGUACCAGGGAGCGAAAGAUCCGAGAGGAAUAUGACAAGAUUAUCGUUCAGGGUAGGAGAGAUAGAGAUUAUCUGGUUCAAAAAGUAGCAGAACUGGAGACUGAGUUGAGGAAGAAAGAAACACAGGAAAGCGAAAAUAAAGAAAAAGAGGAUGCAAUUGUGGAAGAAUUUACCAGAAGCACAUCUGAAAUUUCUGAAACUUUACAAACUGCAGAGGUGUGUUUGCAAACAGAAGCAGAGGGACUGAGAGCAGAGCUGUCCGCAUGUCGUGAGAGGGAGAGGAUGCUGACACAUUCACUACACUCUGAGAGAGAGAGACUAACCCAGGAUGCCCAGGAACUGCGCGACCAGCUCAACAGCAUCAAAGAGAAAAACAGCCUGCUUGUGUCAACCAUUAACAACCAGCGGGAGAGCUUGCUCGCAGAACUACAGAGCAGCAGAGAGAAGCUCGAUAGAUUUCGAGAGAGUGCUUCUUUUAUGCUCAACCAGCUCAGGACUGAAAAGGCUGAAUUGAUGUCACAGUUAGAGGACACCAAAGGUUCCUAUGAAAAGGUGUGUUUGGAAAAUGCUGACUUAAGACAGAAACUGAAGUCAUUUUUGAGAGAAAUCAACUCAGCAUCUUUCACUGGAUCCAGCUGUGUAGAUACUCCCAACACUUCACAUACACACACAGUCACAACGAACACUGAGAUGAUUGUUGUAGCACACCAUGUGUCUCAGCAGUGCCCUACUGGUCUCAGACAAGGCAAUGAAUGCUGCUUCAGUCAGUGUGGGGAGUUUCAGCAUCCUGAGGAGGAGUUUAUGGAAAAAUCUAAGACCACAAACAGCAGCGAAUGUGAACAGCCUCUUCCUAAACCCAAAAACCUCUACAAGCAGUUGAGGAGAGAGCACAGUCUGCUGCUGGAUGUGAUGCUGGUUCUGUACAGGAGAGAGUGGUUCCUGCAGGAUGCCAUUCCAUAUGUCAGACGUACUCUCAGGAAGUGUGGACUGAGGCCUGAGGAUAUAGACUGAAGAAUAG